CAGGAAAGAAACGGAAAUGAAAACCCAAAAAAACAAAUAAAAAAAAUUAAAAUUAAAACAUUUCCAGCUCUCUCUUCUCUUCCUCUUCAUUAAAAGAUCCAGACGCAUUGCUUUAACACAUUCAAUUUCAAUUUCUUCAAAAUUAGGGUUCUUAAAACCCCCCCUUUCCAAAGCUUCCAAUCCCUCAUAAAAUGGCAUUACAAUGAUUCUCUAAUUGAUUCCACAAAUUUUCCUUAUAAAUUUUUAUUUUUAUUUUUAUUUUUUUGGGGAUCCCAAGAAGGUCCCAACAGCUUUGUCUGUCUUUUUGCCGAUUCGUCCGUGUCGGUGUUGUGAAAAUGGCGGCGCCGAGGAAUGUGUUGAGGGACGAAGAGAGUGCUGCUGUGGCAUUGUUGAACAACAGCAGCAAGGAAGACGACGAUUCCCCGUCUGGGAAAAGGUUAAAAUCGGAAAGGUUUCCGGUUUCGAGAUGGGAAUUGGCUGCCUUUUUUGGGGUUUUCUUGAUCUUUUCUGCCGGUUUGUUCUGCAUCUACCUUACCAUGCCCGCCACCGAGUACGGGAAACUCAAGAUCCCACGUUCCAUCUCUGACCUUCGCUUGCUCAAAGAUAAUAUUGCAACAUAUGCAAAGGAUUACCCAACACAGUUCAUUUUGGGUUACUGCUCAACUUAUAUCUUCAUGCAAACCUUUAUGAUUCCUGGAACAAUUUUCAUGUCUUUGCUAGCUGGAGCUCUUUUUGGUGUUAGGGGCCUUUUCUUGGUCGUCUUUAAUGCCACAGCUGGAGCAUGCUCCUGCUUUUUUCUGUCUAAGCUGAUUGGCAGGCCCUUGGUUAGUUGGUUGUGGCCUGAUAAAUUAAGAUUUUUUCAAGCAGAGAUUGCAAAACGCAGGGACAAGUUGCUCAAUUACAUGCUCUUUCUGAGAAUUACUCCUACUUUGCCCAACCUAUUUAUCAAUUUGGCUUCACCAAUAGUUGACAUACCGUUUCAUGUGUUCUUUUUGGCAACCUUUAUUGGCCUAAUCCCAGCCUCCUAUAUAACUGUCAAAGCUGGCCUUGCUCUUGGGGAUCUCAGGUCUGUAAAGGAUCUCUAUGAUUUUAAGACAUUGUCUGUGCUUUUCCUUAUCGGAUCAGUCUCCAUAUUUCCAACCCUUCUGAAGAGAAAGAGAAUAUAUGAAUAAGGUUAUGUUGGUAAAGUUUGCAGCAUCCUCCUGACAAUGAGGAUUAAGAAUAGAUAUAUUGACAAUUUCAAUAUUUAGGAUCCAAGAAAGAAUAGAGCCAUAGAUCCUUAUCUCUGCAGCUGAAUAUUGAAGAUCUAGCAUUCAUCUUGUGGUACACAGGGGGCCAGUGUUGACACAAAUGAUGAAAACACAAGAAAUUCCUUUUGGCAAUUUUCUGUUUAAUGUUAGCUAGCUCAAUCAUCUCCCAAUUGGAUUAUUUACAAACAUUUGGGAGAGUCAUACGUUCUCUAGACGUGUUAUAGUCCAAUUACUCUCUUGACAGUUUUACAGACAGCACUACAUGAUAAAAGAUCUUCCUGUAGAAUAUGUAAAAGCUGUACUAAUAUAGUAUAUUCAGUAAUAAUACUUUCAGUACUCUGUUUUCACUUU